CUCGUUGUUUGCCAUCGAUGACGCUGUACGUGUAUUUCUGACGUGGCGCUACGUUGAUCCACUCGGCUUUCUUCAUCGCUGUGACGAGAAAAUACGUAACUGGGUUCAUCUCCAGCCUCAUUAACAUACUAUGGAGAGUAUGGUGGAUGAGACGGGCGGAUCGGUUGAAACUGACCAAUCACAAGUGACAACAUCACAGGCAGCUACUAUGGUCGUGACUGCUAUUCCAAAUCAGCCAGUUCAAGUUCAAUCAGUAAUACAACCUAGUAAUCAACCCUCAGUUAUACAGACUGCUCCGUUACAAACUGUACAAGUUCAUGUGACAUCAGUCCAAGAUUCGGAAGAUGGAGUGACAGGAGUAGAAAAUGAGUUAGACAGUAGGAAACGGCGAGAUAUUUUGUCAAGAAGGCCGUCUUACCGAAAAAUACUCAAUGACUUGUCUUCUGAUGUUCCCGCUGUGCCAAAAAUAGAUGAGGAGACGUCAAGUCAAGAAGACAAUGAAGCAGCUAAUAACAUCACAACAAAUGCUACAACUAUUCAGACUUACCAAACCACACCACAUGGUGGUCAAACAUUACAGAUAGUCAGUGAAGGACUUCAGCAAAGUGGUUUACAAACUUUGACCAUGACUAAUGCAGGGGCAGCUGCUCAAAGCACUAUAGUACAGUACAGUCAAUCUCAAGACGGAAGUCAGCAGUUUUUUGUUCCCACUGCCAGUGGUGAUAUACAGGCUUACCAAAUAAGGACGUCUAGUGUUUUGCCUCAAGGAGUAAUAGCGCAACCAAACAACAUGCAAACACAGCAACAACUUGCAGAAGAAGCGUCUCGAAAAAGGGAACUCAGGCUGAUGAAAAAUAGGGAGGCUGCAAGGGAAUGUAGGCGGAAAAAAAAAGAAUAUGUGAAAUGUCUUGAAAACCGUGUAGCAGUAUUAGAGAACCAGAACAAAGCACUUAUCGAGGAAUUGAAAGCUUUGAAAGAUCUCUACUGUCACAAAUCUGAUUAGGAAGGAAGACUAAAAUCUGUUGCUGUGAUUACAAUCUAGUAGUUCUCAAUUCAUGUUGGUUAUAUUGAAGGAGGAAUCCGA